AUGGGAAAGAUAUGCCAUUUCUACCUCUAUAGAGACAAUGUUAUCUUCCUCCACAACCUUCUCAAUGGUGAUGGAAUUCAGUCUAUUGCUCAGUUUCGCAAAGAAGCUCUUUUCGAUGACUAUCGCAUCUCCAGCCAGAAUGAGGACUGCAUUGCCUUUGCAGUAGACGUUUCUCUUCUCCACCGUGCUCUUCGUAGUAGUGUCAGCAUAUGUGAAACAGCUGAUGCUCCAUCUAAAUAUCGAAACCUCAGUGCGCAGACUCGGUCAGGAAGGGCGAUUUUGAAGGGAAAUGCUCAAUCUGUGCAAGUGAGUGUGAAGCAUUUUGGCAAGAGCCUUCAGUGCCACUUGUGUAAGCCUGACUACGCUUUCUAUGGGAUUGCUCCGCAAGGUACCGGUGCUUGCUGGACGGUGAUCUUCCAAUUUUUCAUUCUGGGUUCCCAUCAAAUGGAGAAGUCAAUCAGUCUACAUUGCAAACUUCCUGUACUGGACCAAGGGUCAGGUUGA